GCUACUGAGAGUAGGAGUAAAACGAUCUUGAUGUAAGUCAGCAUUGGCUUCAGUUUUAAAUGCGCGCUACCAGAGUCGUUUCGACCAAAACCCGAAUUAUGAUUGGAUUAAGAGUCGCAGGUGCGCUUAUUUGGAAUCGGAAUUAUCAUCUGGAAUUCUCGGAAAUGGGAUAAUUUUCCGAUUAGGUGAACGCAACAUGGAAAUACGGUCUCGUUGUGAUGUCGUACUUUUACUCGUGUUUGUGAAAUUGGCCGAAGUCGGAUUCUCGUUGGAUUCGAAGGAAUUCCAAAAAAACUUGCCAGCAAAGGUAGUUUGGGGAGUUGCAGGACUGGAUGCAUUAUUGCCUUGUGAUGUUACACCCGCCCUACCAGGAGACAAUGUCACCAUGAUAUUUUGGUUCAAAGAUACCAUUGGAAUGCCUCUGUACAGCCUGGAUGCACGGGGUGGACCGCUUUCGCAAGCUUCACAUUUAGCAAUGGGCGACGAUCUAGGAAGACGUUCGUACUUUAUCGCUGAUGAGGAACCAUCGAAAGCCCGUCUCAGAAUACAGAACGCCACAGAAAGCGACCAAGGAGUCUUCCGGUGCCGCGUGGAUUUUGUUAACUCUCCAACCAGGAACUUCCAGGUCAAUUUGACUUUAGUAGAGCAGCCGUCGAGGCCGCGAAUAUUCGACGCCGAAGGGAGGGAAGUCAAGCUGAAUGCGACUGCUGGGCCCUUUUUGGAAGGGCACGAACUCUUUCUGUCAUGCCAGGUCAAUGGAGGACAUCCGAAACCGAAUCUCGUCUGGUGGUUUAACAACACGAUCUUGGACAAUGUGGUGGAUUCAAACAGAGGCUCCCAAACGACAGUAAAUCAACUGCUAAUCAGUUCAGUGAGCAGAAACCUCAAGGGAGGACGUCUUGAGUGUCGGGCGUCUUCCUCCCAAGUAGCCGGAAGCAUUGUCCGCGUAGUGCCACUGAAUAUAUUCCUUAAACCCAACAAGGUGAAGAUCGUCACUCCCAAUAACUUAUCAAGCGGAAUAUCGCAAACCAUUCGAUGUGAAACUUCUGGUUCGUACCCGCCUGCCAAAUUAACCUGGUUAUUAGACGGAAAAGCGAUCAGGAAUUCAGUUGUUACGGAAGAAGAAACAAACUCGUUUACCGUCAGUAUUCUGACCCUGAUGGUAUCCGCUGAGGACGACGGGAAAAUUCUCGUUUGCCGGGCGGAUAAUCCGCGUUUUCCCGGGGGAUCGGCUCAGGACACGAGAAGGAUAAGCGUUGCAUAUCCCCCGCGGGUUUCUGUCGCGUUGGACUCUGGAUUGGUAACGCCUGUCCGGGAUGGAACAGACGUUAUCCUGCACUGCAAGACCUUUGCCAAUCCUGAAGCCCACAGCUAUAACUGGUAUCAUGACACUCAUCUCGUUCCCUACAACGAAUCCGGUGGAAUUGUGCCAAAGAAGGACAUGCUGACCAUAAAAAAUAUUAAGCAUAAAUCAGCCGGCCAAUAUAUUUGCUCAGCCAGAAAUUCGGAAGGGGAAACCUACAGUCCGCCCUUAGAUCUGACAGUUCAAUAUGAGCCUCGCUGCAAGAAGAACCACGAGCAUGUGCGAAUAGGAGUGAUCCCAUAUGAAACUAUCGUGGUUCAGUGCGUGAUAGAUUCCGUACCAACAGUGAACAGAUUUUUCUGGACUUACAACACAACCCAAGGAGUUUUCCCGGUCAAAGGUGCGAAAAUCGAGAGCAAAGGAAAUGUUUCGGUGCUCUACUUAAAUGCUUAUGACGAGGCAAUUGGAUCUUUACAGUGCUGGGCUGAGAACGAGGUUGGAAAACAAGCAACGCCGUGUUACUUUUAUGUGGUACCUGCUGAGCCUCCAGAAUCGCCUAGAGGUUGCCUGAUCAGGAACACCACAAAUGGGGGCUUGGAAGUUUCCUGCAUAGCAGGCAAAGAUGGAGGCCUCCAUCAAAGCUUUGUGCUGGAAGUGAGCGACUUGACGGGUCCAGCUCCUCCAGGUAUCCACUCAACAUUAAAUGAUCAAGGAGCACCCGAAUCUCCAGCGUUUCGAGUGUUGGGAGAGCGGCCUGUCUUCAAGUUGUUGAAUUUGCGACCAAAUCGACAAUAUCAAGCGCUGGUUUAUGCCGAGAAUGCCCGAGGGCGCAGCGAGCCGCCGAUAUUGCUGCCGCAGAUUCAAGUCCAACAGGAAAGAACGUCAGAAGAAGUCUUGGAAGAUGGCGCUCAGGUGUACAAAAUUGCAAACAUUCCAAACGGGAAGGUUCCCUCAGGGUCUUCGACUAGUCACCAUUUGACUAUUAUCAUUGCGGGAGUUUCUGCCACAGCGAUUCUCCUGAUUCUUGCCAUAGUAAUCGCCGCUACAGUGAUCGCAUGUCGCAAGGCACCCAGUACGGUUCCUGUCAGAAGACGGGAAAGACGAAGCAGCAAACCUCCGAGCGACUUGGAACUAUCCGAAGCCGGUUUUGGUGAAGGGUUCCAUCGCAGAAGUGCUCUGUACAGGGCGAGCAUGUACGGAGAAUGCGAAGAACGUAUAUCCAGACUGAUAGAAGGUCCCGAUUUGAUCCUGGCUCCUGCCAGUUUUUCGCCGCAAAACUCGGAUUAUUGACCUAGAAGAACACUGAUGUUGGAUUAAGGCGAGAGCUUGUGGGGAACGUAUAGUUUGCAGCGUGCUCUUAAACAGAAAGUCCAAUUGGGCCAAGGCUGGGCUAAUAAUAUUGUAAAAGCUUGGUGAACCCGAAUAAUUCAUGAUACAAGAUUGACAAAGAAAUGGUGCAAUUACGGUUUCAAAAGCUCGUUUAAAAAUGUAUUAUAUUGUACAUAGUUUAUGUAUCUAGGAAAUGUUAUAAUUAGAUUGUAAGUAUUUUUUUCUGGAAUCCCGGCUUCUGGAUUGACGUGCUUUGGGUCCUAAAAACACCCAACGGGAAUACCUUCCGAUCGCCUAUAUUUACAUUAGCGACGGUUUCACUAUUAAAUUGUACAAUACUUUUAAUUAAUUUACUACUUUUAUCAGUGCCAUAAUUUCUUAAAUAUGAACCACAGUACAAAUUAUUCGUUUACUUAAUGUAUGAGAAAUGAUGUCAAAGUUAAAAAUCCAGGAUAUAUAGGGCGUCCGAAAAAUUUCUUCUAAAAAUAAUACCCCAGAUUUCUGGAGCCGAAACAUCGUGAUUUAUCCUAAUUUGUUUAAUACGAAACUGGAUGGUUUCCGUCAAUUUUUAAAUUAGUUUGUUGGUAAACUACUAUCCGAACGAAAUCUCGUAUCGGGGGGUUUUAGCGGGUGCGAAAUCAGAAUCUGUUAACAUGUUCUAUGCAGAGUGAAGAUGGCCUUUGUCAGAAACGUGCGAAUCUUAUUUAAAAUUGCAUUUUUUCUUGCAUCGCAAAUUCGUGGGCGGCCACUUUUGGAGUAGACAAAUUAAGCCAAAUCAUCAUGCUUUCACCCCAGUAAUAGUUUUACAGACUUUUUACAGAUACCCUCUACCUAUUUACAAAAAUCUAUUUCAAUAAGUUGAGAAAAACGCCGACUUCGACAGUUAUAUAAUUCUAAUCGCCAUUUGAAAAAAACGAGACUGUUUAUUAAUUGAUGAUUCGACGACGAUUAAUUAUACGGUAAAUGUCAUCGGAAUAUAUUGUUUUAAACUUUGACAUUCAAACUUGUUAGUCAAUAAUAGGCUAAGCUGAAUUUCGUCUGUAUAAGGCUGUAUCUAUUUUUAAUCCCUCAAUAUGUAUUAAUAAGUUAGUUCCUAGCAAUAAGUGUAAAUAGAGCGUUGAAUAAUAAUUCGGAACAUGAUCCCGAGUGGAUGAAGAACCCCAGGCUUAUCAUGGGCAGCAAAAACCGUCUAUUUAUUCAAUCAACAAUCGCAGUAUUUGUAAAAACCAAAAAUUACUCCCGACUCAGGUAUUUUCUUUAUUAAACCUAUAGAAAACUG